UGAAUUUUGUUUUCUUCCACCAUAGUUGACCUAUAAUUCCAAUUCCCUUCAGAAAUAACAGAUACCCAAUGGGGAAUUCGUUUGGGUGCUCAGCUUCAGGGGAGAGAUUAGUUUCAGCGGCCAGAGAUGGGGAUUUGGUUGAAGCCAAGAUGCUCUUGGAUUGCAAUCCUUGUCUUGCUAAAUAUUCCACUUUUGGCGGCCUUAAUUCCCCUCUUCAUUUUGCUGCCUCCAAAGCCCACAAUGAGAUUGUUGCUUUACUGCUUGACAAUGGAGCUGAUGUUAAUUCCAGGAACUACUGUGGCCAGACGGCAUUGAUGCAAGCUUGUAGAUACGGGCACUGGGAGGUUGUGCAGACCCUUUUGCUCUUCAGAUGCAAUGUUACGAGAGCAGAUUAUCUAAGUGGAAGGACUGCUCUACAUUUUGCUGCUGUAAAUGGACAUGUACGAUGCAUAGCACUACUUGUAGCUGAUUUUCUUCCUAAUGCUCCUUUUGAAGCAAUAAACAGUCAAAUCAAAGGCGAAAGAGGGGAUAGUUCUAUUGUGAGAAAAAGAAAUGAUCAAAGUACACUGUCAAAAUUUGUAAAUAAGGCAGCUGAUGGUGGGAAUACUGCUCUUCAUAUGGCUGCAUUAAAUGGGCAUUUUGAUUGUGUAGAGCUUUUACUAGACCUUCAUGCCAAUGUCUCUGCUGUGACAUUUCAUUAUGGAACAUCAAUGGAUUUGAUAGGAGCUGGAAGCACUCCUUUGCAUUAUGCUGCUUGUGGGGGAAACCUGAAAUGCUGCCAGAUUCUUCUAGCAAGAGGAGCCAGUCGUUUGACUUUGAAUUGCAAUGGGUGGCUACCACUUGAUGUCGCCAGGAUGUGGGGUCGCCAUUGGCUUGAGCCCUUGCUGGCACCUAAUUCUGACACCACAAUACCUAGAUUUCCUCCUUCCAACUACUUGUCAUUGCCUCUUUCGAGUGUACUUAACAUAGCAAGAGAAUGUGGGUUGCAGUCCCCAACAAUCUCCUCGGAUGAUGCUGAAACUUGUGCCGUCUGCCUUGAAAGACCCUGCAGUGUAGCUGCUGAAGGAUGUGGGCAUGAGCUAUGUGUAAGGUGUGCACUCUAUCUUUGCUCAACAAGUCGUGUUCCCUCCAAUAUCGUUGCCCCACCGGGGUCUAUUCCAUGCCCGCUCUGUAGACACGGCAUUCUUUCAUUUGUCAAAUUGCCCAGUUCCCCAGCAAAAGAAAUUAAGCUACAUGUAUCCUUUGGCCUUUGUACCCCAUGCAUGCUUCAUCCUUGCGAUACAGAUUGCUCAUCACCGGCUUCAGAUGUCCGAAAGAAUCGUGUUGCAUCAGUUUCUUCGGAUAUUCUCUGUCCAGUUACCUGUAGUCCAUUUCCUUCUGUUGCCAUGCCAUUGUGCACAUGCAAUGAUUGUCCCUGCCCCUCUUCGGAAUCCGGAGAGACGGAAACACGAGAUGAAUCUCCAAGGAGUUUGCAAGCUACAUCGAGUGAGCAGGAUAAAAUUGAAGGAGCAAGAGUGAGAGAAGUAGCUGUUCAAACAUGUUCUGGGGCAGAAGGAGCUGCAGUAGAGAGCAUCGAUGCAAUUCGGAAAUAAAUGCUUGAUUCGAUCGUAAAAAGCUUCGGUCUCGAGUUCCAUUGUGAGACGAAGGUCAGCAAAGAGAGCGGGGUUAUGCCUGCCCCUUGCUGAAAUCCUCAAUUGGGUAGUAUACUGUAAUUCUUACAAGAAAGAUUUAGUUGGCUUCCAUUGAAAUUCAGAUGGUAUCACUUCAGUUU